AUUUGAUCGCCAUCGGCAGGACUGGGUGGACAGUGGAUGCCCUGAAGAGUCGAAAGAGAAGAUGUGUGAGAAUACAGAACCAGUGGAAACUUCUUCUCAAACCACCACAACCAUUCGAGCAACGACCACACAAUUCAGGGUCUUAACCACCACCAGAAGAGCAGCGACAUCCCAGCUGCCCACCAGCCUCCCCACAGAAGAUGAUACCAAGAUAGCACUACAUCUAAAAGAUAAUGGAGCGUCUACAGAUGACAGUGCAGCCGAGAAGAAAGGGGGAACCCUCCACGCUGGCCUCAUCGUUGGGAUUCUCAUCCUGGUCCUCAUUAUAGCCGCAGCCAUCCUUGUGACAGUCUAUAUGUAUCACCACCCAACGUCGGCAGCCAGCAUCUUCUUCAUUGAGAGACGCCCAAGCAGAUGGCCUGCAAUGAAGUUUCGAAGAGGUUCUGGACAUCCUGCCUACGCUGAAGUUGAACCAGUUGGAGAGAAAGAAGGUUUUAUUGUAUCAGAGCAGUGCUAA